AGACUGGAUGAACGUAGAGGUAGCGUCAGGCGACCGGUUGAGUCUGUUCGCCCGGGGCCGAGGGGCCAGUGGCAUGGCCGUGCGGUAGCCCAGGAUGGAGUGGGAGCGCGCCUCCCUACGCUCCAGCCCGAGUCGAGCGUCCCGGACACCCAUCAAGAGGUCCGGGCCCAGAGCGGGCGAGGCCUUGAGCUUCACUCCGCUGCGGCGAGGCCGGCCCCCGGAAGUGGCGCUGGCGGGCUUGAGGAUUUUCUGCAUCGAGCGCUUCGGGGGCUUAAGGCCUGCCUUUGAGCGAAUGGACUUCCACCGGGACGGGCAUGUGAGCUGCCUGGAGUUCCAGGAGGUCGUCGCGGGCCAGGAGCGCUACUGCAGCUUGCAGGAGGCCCGGGAGAUCUUCUGUUUGCUGGCGCGGGGCACCUCCGGGUGGCUCAGCUGGGAGGUCUUCCGGCGUCGGCUUCAUGGGGGCGAGUGGCAGGACGCUGGCUCCGACUGCUCGCCGAGCCAGUCCUCGGAGAGGUCCUCCGCGGCAAGCCACGCAAUGCGCGCCUUGCUGCUGCGAGAGAAGGGCCAGGACAACGCGGACGCCGAGACGGUGGCCACGGCGCGCUCUAUGACUUCUCCCUCUUCUGUGGGUCUUACGCCGUGCCGCGGCAGACUUGAGAGGCUGGAGCCGAAGGAGCAGAAGGAACCCAAGGAGUCCAAGGACAAGG